AUGAAAGCCUAUAUCGAGGAGGAACUGGUCAAAGGAUUCAUUCUACCCUCAACGUCUCCUGCCUCGGCGGGGUUCUUCUUUGUAAAGAAAAAGGACGGAGGGUUGCGGCCCUGCAUUGAUUACCGUGGCCUUAAUGACAUUACUGUUAAGUUUCGUUAUCCUCUACCACUGGUUCCUGCAGCGCUAGAACAGCUCCGCCAGGCCAAAUACUACACCAAGUUGGAUCUACGCAAUGCUUACAACUUAAUCCGCAUUCGAGAGGGGGACGAAUGGAAAACGGCAUUCUCCACCACUAGUGGGCACUACGAAUACCGGGUUAUGCCCUUCGGCCUGGCAAACAGUCCCUCGAUCUUCCAAUCCUUCAUGAAUGAUGUGUUUCGGGACAUGCUCAACAGAUGGGUGAUCGUGUACAUCGACGACAUCCUGAUCUAUUAA